UGGUUGUGAUUUUUGGAUGCUCACUGGCUGGAGACAUGUAUAUGCCAUUUUUAAAAAAACAUUGGCAGAGCCGGGCAGUAGUGACAAAUGCCUUUAAUCCCAGCACUUGGGAGGCAGAGGCAGGCAGGUCUUGGGGUUCGAAGCCAGGUGAGUUCCAGGAUAGCCAGGGGUACAUAGAGCAACCCCGUCCACAAACAGAAGCCAUAGGUAGACUGAGCUCUUGAACAACUCCCCUCCCCCUUGAUCUGUGGCCUGAGUGACACCAGAUUAUGUCCUACCACGUAAUAUGUAGAAAUCAUAGUGCACAGCAAGGCAUGGGGCACAGGAUUUUAAUCUCAGCACUCAGGAGGCAGAUCUCUGAGUUCGAGGACAGCCAGGGCUAGAAAGAGAGACCUUGUCUCAAAACAGAACCAAAAGUGUGUCCUGUAACAACUGCACCAAUUCGUAGUAUUGGUAAAAGCCAUCUAGACCUCUGAUGUUACAGAGGUCUUUCACCAACCACUACAAACCGUGGAAGUCCUUGGGAACCAGUUUUCGGAUUUCUAAAUCAUACACAUUCCUUGUCUUCCAGGCUUCCUCUCUGACUAAGAAUGAAUGUUCACCAGGGCAGUGAUGGCGACAGGUUGUUGCAGCCAGAGCUCAGCUGCCUAGAUGAGACCUUAGCUGCCACUCCCGAGAAAGAAAGCAUCAGCCUGGUGUCCUCUGAACCUCACAUUCUCACUUACCCCCUAGCUACCAGGAGAGAAGACUUUGCAUUUGACUAUGCCCCUCAGCCAGCAAGCCUUCAGUGUCCUCACAUAAUGCCACUUCCUGAAGACAGCAAGGGCUCCUGCUUCCAGAGUGGAAGCAAGCGGAGCCACGAACCCUUCAUCGUUUCAGAGAGACUUGGAAACAGCGGCCUAGGCUUUGGAGGUGGCUCUCACCCCCAGGCCCCAGAGAAAGUGACACUUCUUGUAGAUGGCACACGUUUUGUGGUGAAUCCUCAGAUUUUCACUGCUCAUCCGGAUACCAUGUUGGGAAGAAUGUUUGGACCAGGAAGAGAGUACAACUUCACGAGGCCCAAUGAGAAGGGGGAGUAUGAGAUUGCAGAGGGCAUCAGUGCCACCGUGUUCCGCACAGUGCUGGAUUAUUACAAAACUGGCAUCAUCAACUGUCCCGACGGCAUCUCUAUCCCAGAUCUGAGGGACACGUGCGACUAUCUCUGCAUUAACUUUGACUUCAACACCGUCCGCUGUCAAGACCUGAGUGCUUUACUUCACGAGCUGUCCAAUGAUGGUGCCCACAAGCAGUUUGAUCACUACCUCGAGGAGCUGAUUCUGCCCAUCAUGGUGGGCUGUGCCAAGAAGGGGGAGCGAGAGUGCCACAUUGUUGUGCUGGCAGACGAGGAUUCUGUGGACUGGGAUGAAGACCACCCGCCACCCAUGGGGGAAGAGUAUUCCCAAAUUCUUUACAGCUCCAAGCUCUACAGGUUCUUCAAGUACAUCGAGAACCGAGAUGUCGCUAAAGCAGUGUUAAAGGGGCGGGGCCUGAAGAACAUCCGCAUCGGCAUUGAAGGCUACCCUACCUGUAAAGAGAAGAUCAAGAGGAGACCUGGCGGGAGGUCUGAAGUGAUCUACAACUACGUGCAGCGCCCCUUUAUCCAGAUGUCGUGGGAAAAGGAGGAAGGGAAGAGUCGCCAUGUGGAUUUCCAGUGUGUUCGCAGCAAAUCCCUCACGAAUUUGGUGGCUGCUGGAGAGGACGUCUUGGAAGACCAGGAGAUAAUAAUGCACCACCCACCGCAAGUGGACGAACUUGACCGCUUAAAUGCUCCACUCUCUCAGAUGGCUCCUAAUGACUUCCAAGAUUAGGGACAAAAGGGAUCUGCCCUUCACCAGAGCUCUUCUCUAUGUGGGUACCCCCAACCUGGCUUCCCUGUCCUCCUGUGGGUCCUCACCCCAAGGAGAUGCUUCCUCCUAUUUCCACCCCCUCUCAGUUAUUAUCGUGCCCUUUUCUGA